UUCACUGAAUUUGGCACGCGAGGGUAGGUUUGGUGAUGCUAUGAAAGUGUUGGGCUCUUGUGGUUGUGCUUCUCGUGAUGACCCAAUGGUGCUAGAUGAACUUAAAUCACGUCACCCAGAACAUGCUUUACCUGAAUGGUCCGAUGAUAUUCCACCUCCAUUAGUUGUGGAUUCUCUUGCAGUUUUAUCAGCCUUAGAAAGUUUUCCCAGAGGUUCCAGUCCUGGUUUUUCUCAGCUUCGGGCUCAACAUCUUUUAGAUAUUAUGAAAGGAGCAUAUGUCCCAGAUGCUCAGUUGUGCCUUGCAAAUCUUUCAAGAUUCAUGACAAAGCUUUUGGCGGGUAAGUGUGAUCCAAGAAUCGCACCUUGGUUGUCUGGAGCACCACUGACUGCCCUCUUAAAGAAAUCAGGAGGUUUUCGGCCAAUUGCAGUUGGAGAAGUACUCCGGCGCCUGGCAAGUAAACUCUGUUGUGCUUCUGUGAAAGACCGCCUUCCAGACGUCUUUUUGCCAACUGGCCAAGUAGGAGUGGGUAUUAGAAGUGGUAUGGAAUCAGCUAUUCACACCACACAAUCGUUUCUUGAUGCUAACUGGGAUAAAGAAGACUUCUGUUGCUUGAAAAUUGACAUGACUAAUGCUUUUAAUGAGUGCUCCAGACCAGCCUUUCUUUCACGUUUGCGGAGAGAAUUUCCAGAAUUAUUUGCAUGGGCUCAGUGGUCCUACCACGUACCUAGUGAGAUGCGUUACGGUAGGCAUCAAAUCUUAUCUACAGCUGGUGUCCAACAGGGAGAUCCCUUGAGCCCUCUUCUGUUCUCACUUGUGAUUCUGGAAUUAUUGGAUUCUAUUGGCGCUAUUUCGAACCUACACCUUCAAAUUUGGUAUUUGGAUGAUGGGACAUUUUUCGGCUCGAGAGAGUCUGUAUCUUCUUUAUUACAAAGUGUUUCGGAAAAGGGUCCCAGUUAUGGCUUACAUGUCAACUUAAAUAAAUGUGAACUAUACUGGCCGUCUGGAGACCAAGCUUUUCCCUUGUUUCCCAGUCAAGUCAGACGUUUGUCAGAAGGGGUUGAGUUGCUAGGAUCACCAGUCCAUGGCUCUGUAGACUUUUUCAGAUCAUCUAUAUCCAAACGUGUUGAUAAAGUCUUGGAGUCUCAAACGCUUCUGAGUAACCUUGAGGAUCCACAAGUUGAAUUGCAUUUGCUACGGAGCUGUCAGAGUAUCUGUAAAAUCAAUCAUUUGUUACGUACUGUGACUCCUGCUUUGUUGACAGACCAAUUACGCCGUUUCGAUGUCGGCUUACGUCGAUCUUUGGAAAUCAUCUGUCGAUCCUCCAUUACAGACACAGCAUGGUUGCAGGCUACACUACCUGUACGACUUGGGGGUCUCGGUUUGAGAGAAGCAGUCAAGUCUGCACCAGCUGCAUACGUGGGGAGUUGUAAUUCCACAAAAUUGUUAGUCCAAGAUUUCCUUAGGAAAGCUUGUAAUUCUCUGGCCUCAACAAACGUACACGUUCCGACUUCACUGCUAUUGGAAGAAUCUGAAAGUUAUCUUCAGAGUUGUUCCUUUCUGAAAAACGAACACACUUGA